GUCCUGAAUCCCGACCUCGAGGCAGAUGAGAGCAAAAAAGAAAGAAAAUCCCAAAUCUGGCGACAACCAUCGUCCCUGGCUAUCUGCCGAAACACCGUGCGGAAAUCGCACUAGGAUUCUUCUAUGAACAGGGAGCAGCCCGAGGUGGACGAGGAGGAGGAGGACCUGCAUCACGGGCAAAGGUACGUGCGGAUGCCGCCCGAGCCGGAGCCGGGCCCGGAGGCCUCGUCGGCGUCCUUCCGGCUGCCGGAGUCCGCGCGGGUGUUCGACGAGCUGCCGCGCGCCAGGAUCGUCGCGGUCUCGCGCCCAGACGCCGGGGACAUCACGCCCAUGCUGCUCUCCUACACCGUCGAGGUCCAGUACAAGCAGUUUAGGUGGCUCCUAUACAAGAAGGCUUCACAGGUUCUAUAUCUCCAUUUUACGUUGAAGAGACGUGCAUUUCUUGAAGAAUUCCAUGAGAAGCAGGAACAGGUCAAAGAAUGGCUUCAAAAUCUGGGAUUAGGUGAGCAUAUGCCAGUUGUGCAUGAUGAUGAAGAAGCAGAUGAUGUGCAUGUUCUUCCCCACCAUGAUGAUCACUCUGCCAAAGCUAGAAAUGUUCCCUCAAGUGCUGUUCUGCCUGUCAUUCGACCAGCGCUUGGUCGUCAGCAGUCCAUUUCUGAUCGUGCAAAGGUUGCCAUGCAAGAAUAUCUGAACCAUUUCUUAGGGAAUUUGGAUAUUGUCAACCUACGAGAGGUUUGCAAAUUUUUGGAAGUCUCUCUGUUAUCGUUUUUGCCAGAGUAUGGCCCUAAGCUAAAGGAAGAUUAUGUUACAGUUGGACACUUACCAAAAAUUGACACAAAUAGUACAGAGGGAUGCUGUUCAUCUAGCUGUUUUCGUUUCUGCAGUAGUAGCUGGCAAAAGGUCUGGGCUGUACUGAAGCCAGGAUUCUUGGCUUUGCUCCAAGAUCCUUUUGAUCCAAAGCUGCUGGAUAUAAUUAUCUUUGAUGUGUCACAUCACCUGGCUAGAAAUGGAGAUGGUCAAAUCACUCUAGCAAAGGAGAUCAAAGAACGCAAUCCAUUGCAUUUUGGAUUCGAGGUAUCUUCUGGGGGGAGGACAAUGAAAUUGAGAACAAGAAGUUCUGCCAAAGUAAAAGAUUGGGUAGCUGCAAUAAAUGCUGCUCGGCGCCUUCCAGAGGGGUGGUGUCACCCUCAUCGUUUUGGUUCAUUUGCACCACCUAGGGGCUUGACUGAAGAUGGUAGUACCGUACAAUGGUUUAUAGAUGGGCAAUCAGCAUUUGACGCUAUUGCUUCUUCCAUUGAGCAAGCCAAAUCAGAGAUAUUUAUUACUGAUUGGUGGCUCUGCCCAGAAUUGUACCUUCGACGCCCUUUCCAGUAUCAUGGGUCUUCCAGGCUUGAUAUCCUUCUGGAAUCGAGGGCAAAGCGAGGUGUACAGAUUUACAUUCUUCUAUACAAGGAAGUUUCUCUUGCAUUGAAAAUUAACAGCAUGUACAGUAAACAAAGGCUGCUUAACAUUCAUGAAAAUGUUAAAGUUCUGCGCUACCCUGAUCAUUUCUCAACUGGCAUAUACUUAUGGUCCCACCAUGAGAAAAUUGUUAUUGUUGACAAUCAAGUUUGCUACAUCGGAGGUCUUGAUUUAUGCUUUGGCCGUUAUGAUACCCCUGAGCACAAAGUUGUGGAUUUCCCUCCUUCAACGUGGCCAGGAAAGGAUUAUUACAACCCGAGAGAAUCAGAGCCGAAUUCUUGGGAGGACACAAUGAAAGAUGAGCUUGAUCGUACUAAGUACCCUCGCAUGCCCUGGCAUGAUGUUCAGUGUGCUGUUUAUGGUCCAGCAUGUCGAGAUGUAGCAAGACAUUUUGUUCAGCGCUGGAACUAUGCAAAGAGGAAUAAAGCACCAAAUGAGCAGGCAAUUCCCUUACUUAUGCCUCAUCAUCAUAUGGUAAUUCCCCAUUACAUGGGCAAUAGCAAAGACACAAAUUGUGAGACAGAGAGUAAACAAACUCAAGAUAAAGAUAUCAAAGUGAGGAGGCAAAGCACCUUGACUGCACCAGCAUCAUACCAGGACAUUCCGUUGCUCUUGCCUCAAGAGCCCGAUCACCUGGAUUUGCGUAAUGGCGAUCUAGGCCUGAAGUUAGACAUCAAUCAUGGUCAUUUAGAUCACCCAAAUCAAACCAAUUUCAAGCAGCCACUGUCAAACCGAAAGGCGAAACAAGAUCUUUGUUCUCAGGAUUUACAGAUGAAAGGUUUUGUGGACAAUCUUGGCUCUCCUGAGGUUUCAGUUGUUAUACAUCAUAAUAACACAUCUAAAGCAAAUGUACGCCACAUAGACAAGGAGUGGUGGGAGACACAGGAGAGAGGAAGCCAGGUUGCCUCUGUGCUUGAUGUAGGAGAGGUUGGUCCUCAAGCAACUUGCCGUUGUCAGGUUAUUAGAAGUGUUGGUCCAUGGUCAGCUGGAACAACUCAAAUUGAAGGAAGCAUUCACAACGCCUAUUUUUCUCUCAUUGAGAAGGCAGAACAUUUUGUAUAUAUUGAGAAUCAGUUUUUCAUAUCAGGUCUUUCAGGAGAUGACACAAUUAAAAACCGAGUAUUAGAGGCAUUAUACAGAAGGAUACUUAGAGCAGAAAAGGAGAAAAGGUGCUUUCGGGUUAUCAUCGUCAUACCACUUUUACCUGGUUUUCAGGGAGGUAUUGAUGAUGGUGGCGCUGCAUCUGUGAGGGCAAUUAUGCAUUGGCAAUACCGGACUAUUUGUAGAGGGCCUAAUUCAAUACUUAAGAAUCUAUAUGAUGUAGUUGGCUCAAAAGCACAUGAUUAUAUCUCGUUUUAUGGGCUUAGAGCACAUGGUAGACUAGGUGAUGGAGGGCCCUUGGUCACCAAUCAGAUAUAUGUACACAGUAAGUUGAUGAUCAUUGAUGAUCGCAUGACACUGAUUGGCUCAGCAAAUAUAAACGAUAGAAGCUUGCUUGGAUCAAGGGAUUCUGAGAUUGGUAUGAUUAUUGAAGAUAAAGAGAUGGUCAGUUCAACAAUGGAUGGAAGUCCUUGGGAAGCUGGGAAGUUCUCUCUCAGCUUGCGCCUUUCUCUGUGGGCAGAACACCUUGGUUUUCAUGCAGGAGAGGUUAAUCAAAUCAUGGAUCCUGUGGCUGAUUCGACAUACAAAAACAUCUGGACGGCGACUGCUAAGGCGAACACUGCCAUCUACCAAGAUGUCUUCUUGUGUGUUCCCAAUGAUCACAUCCACUCCAGGGCCCAGUUUCGGCAAAGCCUUGCUCACCGGAAGGAGAAAAUUGGCCACACGACCAUCGACCUAGGUGUUGCCCUUGAGAAAGCGGAAAUCGUCCAGGAAGAUGGGGACAUGGUAGUGGUAGGAACCGACCCCACAGGGAGACUGCAGGCCGUCAGAGGCAACCUCGUUUCCUUCCCUUUGGAGUUCAUGUGCCAAGAGGACUUGAGACCAUUCUUCAGUGAGAGCGAGUAUUAUACGUCCCCACAGGUCUUCCAUUAGCUUUUACCAUUUUUUAAAGGUGCAUUAGCUUCUCCUUGGGCAAACGUAUUUUUCAUAGGAACUUAGGUAUAGGUGUUCUACAAUUGUAGAUGUGCAUCAUGUCUAAUAAGAAAAUAGGAAGAGAAAACGAGACGAAGAACUAGAUUUCCAAAUCGAUGUAUGUAUAGUCUGUCAGACAACUAUUAUCGGAAUGAAUGUUAUACCUUUCAAUUCA